AUGGCAUCUGUCGCGCUCCGCGAAAUGAUGACGGUGGCGCGAGAAGAGGCUUCGAUCAUGGCCAGCGAGGGCGCGGCAGUGGUGCGAGCCACUGCGACUUCAGAGGCAGCGGUAGCAGUGCGGUCUGCUGGACAUGAGGCGCUCAACCCCGUCGCGAUUCGAGAGGAGGCCGCGGCCGUUGCGAAGCAGGCAAUUGGCACAAAUGAAUCGUCGCUGCUGUCGAUGCUCGGACGCGCGAAUCCCGGUGAGGUAAAGGCCAUCUCAUCAUCAACGUCGACAGUCACCAACACUGUGCUUUCCGAGGCUGGAGCCGAAGCCUCCUCGGUGUCAACCACGAGCAUGACGGUCACGACCGAGACGAGCGUUGUGGGCCGGGUGCUGGAACGCGACAUGGGCGUCACUGUCAAAGAGGCCAUGACGAACGCGGGCGAGACUGGCGUCCAAGAGACGACGGAGCAGACGCUCGAGGCUGUACAGGGCUUCUUUGACGGCAAGCUGAACAACCAUCCCGUUCGCGCGGGCACAAUGGCCUCUGCAACGGUGUAG